AUGGCUUCUACUGGCGUGAAAGAUUUCUACCGGCAGAAGAAGAAAGGAGGUGCCGGCAAAACUUCAGCAUCUUCCAAGAAGAAAACACAGAAUUACACUGGAGGGGCCUCUGUUGGGGCUUCAAAUAAGGCUCAGACAGCAGCACUAAUUUCUCACGGAUCCUUAGACCUCAAAGGUACUUUGCUGGAGAGAUUGUCAUGUGCACAGUGGAAACUUGCCCAUGCUUUUUGUUUACAAACCAUAAUUUUUGCUUAUGACCAUAUUGUUGCAGAUGAUUUCAGUGAGCAAGAGGAGCAGCUGCGGCAGUUUGACAUGGACAUGAAGUUUGGCCCAUGCAUCGGUGUCAACCGGCUUCAGCGCUGGGAGCGUGCUUCCGCCAUGGGCCUCCAGCCACCGCCCCACCUUCAUGAUCUCCUAGCGCGUGCCUCCUCCGGAAACAACCGCAACAACGGCGGCCCCUCCCCUGAGUGCCUCUGGGAGGGUAAGAUCUAG